UACACACAUGAUUUCUUUUCUUCUUAUAAGCCCCUUGGGAUCUAAUUUCUCCUCAGCCCUUAUACUAUACACACCUCUAUGACUUGCCCACAAUCUUUUUUCCCACAAGACCUCCACCAUUAAGAAUUAUUUUCUCAAAAACAUUUUUAAAAGAAAAGAAAAUGAGAAUUAUUUACUCUCAUAGAUGCCUCAAAAUUCUUCCUCCUAUGCUGUUUCCCUAGAAUUCUUCCUCUCACUGUUUCCCCCAGUUUUUCUUCUUAGCCUUUUACUGGCCUUUAGUAUUUUCCUCUUACUUUCAGAGAUGCACUCCCCUCUCCAUAAAUCCUCAAAAUCAGCCUUCCCUCCCCACGUGUUCCCCCAAAUCUUCCACAGGAUCCCCCAAAUUUUCUCUAUUAAUCUUCCUCCUAUAUACCUUAUCCCAAAAUGUUCUUUUCUCAUCAACCUUUCAGAAUCUUUUUUCUCUCCCCACCAACUCAUAUAUUCUUUCUCACUGAUUUCCUCUGAACUUCUUCAGUUCCACAGACUUUCCACUAACUAUGCAGAAGCCUCCCCCCAAAACUGACUUUCCCUUAGAAUUUUCUAUUCUCUUAGGAACUUGAGCCUCCUUAUCCUCUCAGAUUACCUAUCUCCACUGAACCAACACAAUCCUUAAUCACUAUUCCACAAAAUUAUUUUAUUCCCAUAGACCUGGUGGAAUCUUUGUUAUUCCAGAAUCAUCCUUCUCCUCCCACAGAUACUGUAGCCAGACCUAGACUCCAACAACAUGAGUCAAGAAUCCAAAGUGAAUACCAAAGAAUCAUCUCCUCAGGCACCUUCCAAACCUAGGAAGUCAGUGCCUGUUUUGGAUCCAUCAGGAGACAAGUAUUAUUGGUGGCUCAACACUAUGGUAUUCCCAGUCAUGUACAACCUCAUAAUUCUUGUAUGCAGAGCCUGCUUCCCAGACCUCCAGCAUGGAUACUUGAUGGUCUGGCUGGUCCUGGACUAUAUAAGUGACCUGCUCUACUUAAUGGACAUUGUUGUGCGCUUCCACACUGGGUUCCUGGAACAGGGCAUCUUGGUACUGGACAAGGGUCAGAUCUCACAGCGCUAUGUGCGGACAUCAAAUUUCUUGUUGGAUAUAUUGUCCCUGGUGCCCACAGACUUGGCAUACUUGCGCUUGGGCCCCCACACACCUACCCUGAGGCUCAAUCGUUUUCUUCGAGUUCCACGCCUUUUUGAGGCCUUUGACCGAACAGAGACCCGUACAGCAUAUCCCAAUGCCUUCCGAAUUGCCAAACUUAUGCUCUAUAUCUUUGUUGUCAUCCACUGGAAUAGCUGUCUAUAUUUUGCAUUAUCACGAUACCUGGGCUUUGGGCGAGAUGCCUGGGUAUACCCUGACCCAGCACAGCCCGGCUUUGAACGUCUUCGUCGCCAGUACCUCUACAGCUUCUACUUCUCUACCCUCAUCCUCACCACUGUGGGUGACACCCCCCUGCCAGCCCGUGAAGAAGAGUACCUUUUUAUGGUGGGUGACUUCUUGCUGGCUGUCAUGGGCUUUGCCACCAUAAUGGGUAGCAUGAGCUCAGUCAUCUACAAUAUGAACACAGCUGAUGCUGCCUUCUACCCUGAUCAUGCACUUGUCAAAAAGUACAUGAAGCUGCAGCAUGUCAACCGCCGACUGGAGCGUCGAGUCAUUGACUGGUACCAACACCUACAGAUUAACAAGAAAAUGACGAAUGAGGUGGCCAUUCUGCAGCACCUGCCUGAGCGCCUGAGGGCUGAGGUGGCUGUAUCUGUACACCUGCCCACCCUUAGUCGUGUGCAAAUCUUCCAGAACUGUGAGGCCAGCCUCCUGGAGGAGCUCGUACUAAAGCUACAGCCCCAGACCUAUUCACCAGGAGAAUACGUGUGCCGUAAGGGCGAUAUUGGCCGUGAAAUGUACAUCAUCCGAGAGGGCCAGUUGGCCGUAGUGGCUGAUGACGGUGUUACUCAAUAUGCAGUGCUGGGUGCCGGGCUUUACUUCGGGGAGAUCAGCAUCAUAAAUAUCAAAGGGAAUAUGUCUGGUAACCGUAGGACUGCAAACAUCAAGAGUCUGGGCUACUCUGACCUGUUCUGCCUGAGUAAGGAAGACCUUCGAGAAGUGCUGAGUGAGUACCCACAAGCUCAGACUGUCAUGGAGGAGAAGGGCCGCGAGAUCCUGCUUAAGAUGAACAAGCUGGAUGUAAAUGCAGAAGCAGCUGAGAUAGCAUUGCAGGAAGCUACGGAUAACCGCCUGCGUGGUCUUGAUCAGCAGCUAGACGACCUGCAGACCAAGUUUGCCCGCCUUUUGGCUGAACUGGAGUCCAGCGCCCUUAAGAUAGCUUAUCGUAUUGAGCGACUAGAGUGGCAGACUCGCGAAUGGCCAGCUCCUGAGGAGGUUGGGGCAGGUGCUGAUGAUGAGGGGGAUGGUGGAGAGGAAAAGGCUUCUUAGACUCGAGGUCUCACACACACACAGACACACACACACACACACACACAUUCCUUUUUGACUUCAGCUUUAGGAUGACCCCUUAUGACCUUCGCCUUUGGAUGACACAAACCUCAGAGGAGCCCUAGAGAUAUAGGAAAAUGUAUCUAUAAAUAUCCUCAUGUCAUAACAAUUAAACUAUAGACAGAGUUAUUCUUCUUUGCCCCAAAAGAGGAGAAAGAUGAAAAAAAAAAAAAACACAUUCAACUACUCUACGCACUGCCACACACUUAGUUUCCAGUUCACACUCAGUAGCACCCAGUGAGCCACUGACAAUUCUGAUAGAAACACGGCUGUGUGCUAACCCAUGGAUAUACACUGAAGCUCCCACACACAUUCAUGCCAGUCUUCUCAGUCUCUUACAGAGAUUAUCACAGUCACAUGCCCACAUGAACACAUGUGUGCCAGAACACAUUUGCAUAUGCUUUUUUUCCCCAAAAAAGCAAAGUAUUUAGAAGAGAAUAGCAAAAUAAAUUACAAGGGAAAGACAAGUAGUGAAUCAUUCUCAGCUUCCCCAUACAUGAAAACCUGCAGUCUUCCACAGAUAGGUUUCUACUAUGCAGAAAGAGAAAGUACUUCCAUGAAAAGGCCACAUAUACCCUUCCAAGUAAGUCUCAUGCAUACGUUUCUCUCAGUCAGAGAAAUCCAACACUCCAGUCAGAUGAGACCAUCACUAAACUUGCCUUCUAGAAAACCCCAAGCUUUUGUAAAGGUAACAGAAAUGGCAUUGAAUGCAUAAUGACCAUGUUGCAUUCCAAUAAAGUAUUUCAAACUUU